AUGAGGUGGUUAAAAUCCUCCUUGCCGUUCCUCGCAAGCGCCCUAUUCUACUUCGCAUCUGAUGUGCAUGCCCGGUCUCAGGAACCGAAUGCCAUCCAACAUGUCACCACCCUAGACCAUCCCACCAUCAGCGCCCCCUCCAACCGUGUCGAUCACCUAUCCCACUUCGACAUCACCUUCUACCUCCGUGACAAGAGCCAACGCGUGAAGCUUGAGCUCGAGCCGAACCAUGAUAUCCUCGCCGAAGAUGCAUAUGUUCAGUAUCUCGACGCUCACGGAAAUGUCGUGCACGGAGAACCCAUCCGACGCCAUGAACACAAAGUAUUCAAAGGACGAACCCUACUCGGCAGAGGGAAAGCUAUGUGGGAUCCCGUCGGAUGGGCGCGGAUUUACCUGAAGAAUGACGGCCCGCAACCGCUGUUUGAAGGCGUCUUCAGCGUCAAUGGCGAUAACCACCACAUCGAGUUGAAAUCGACAUACCUGGAAAAGAAACGCGCCCAAGAUAUCGACAUCCCGGACCGGAAAGGCGACUACAUGAUCACCUACCGUGACUCGGACAUGAUCCGGCAUCUUCACACCGAACUCAAGCGUUCGCUCCCUCUUUCUUCCUCCUGCGAGGCCGACAAACUCGGGUUCAAUAACAACCCCAACCAUCCGAUCCUCCAAUCCUUUGACAACGGGAAUUCCAGCACCUGGGGCGCCAUGUCCCUCAACUCGUUGUUCGGACUCAGCAAGCGCCAGUCGGACAUUGGUGGUGUCUCCGGUAACGCCGGAGGUGUGAAUCUGAAGUCCACCAUCGGCAGCACUGCCGGCUGCCCGAAGACGAAACAAGUCGCCCUGAUCGGCGUUGUGACGGACUGCUCGUUUACCGGAUCGUUCGAGAGCAAAGACGCUGCCCAGAAGUGGGUCAUCAACACCGUCAACAGUGCAUCCAACGUGUACGAGAAAUCAUUCAACAUCUCCAUCGGCUUGCGGAACCUCACCCUCACGGACAAAGAAUGCCCGGACACGCCGCCGUCGUCCGCCCAGUGGAAUAUGCCAUGCUCCCAGAGUAAUAUCACGUCGCGGCUGGACCUCUUCUCCAAGUGGCGUGGACAGCAAUCGGACGACAAUGCCUAUUGGACUCUGAUGAGUGAUUGUCCGACCGGCUCUGAGGUGGGUUUGGCCUGGCUUGGACAGCUGUGCAAUUCGAAGGUGUCGGAUGAUGGUUCCAACUCAGUGAGUGGGACGAACGUGGUUGUUCGCUCUGCCGGUGGUGGAUGGCAAGUCUUUGCCCAUGAAACAGGACAUACCUUUGGCGCAGUGCACGACUGCAACUCCCAGACCUGCGCCCAAGGACUCGAAACCUCGUCGCAGUGUUGUCCCCUCAGCGCCAGCUCGUGCGACGCGGGUGGAGAGUACAUCAUGAAUCCCAGCACGGGUACCGACAUCACUGAGUUCUCGCCUUGUACGAUCGGUAACAUCUGCUCGGCCUUGGGUCGCAACAGUGUCAAAUCGACGUGUCUGUCCGACAACCGCGGAGUCGUUACCUACACUGGUGGCCAGUGUGGAAACGGCAUUGUGGAGUCCGGGGAAGACUGCGACUGUGGCGGGGAGGAGUCCUGCGGCGACAACCAAUGCUGUGACGCCAAAACGUGCAAGUUUAAGUCGGGCGCCGUAUGCGACGACUCCAACGACAGCUGCUGUUCGAAGUGUCAGUACACCGCUGCUGGUACUGUGUGCAGGCCCAGCCGCGGCGAGUGCGAUCUGGAGGAGACGUGCAGCGGAAACUCCAGCACGUGCCCCUCGGACUCCUUCAAGAAAGAUGGCGAAGACUGUGGCAGCUCGGGCAGCGGCCUGACCUGUGCCAGUGGCCAAUGCACCAGUCGGGACUACCAGUGCCGCACGGUGAUGGGAAGCCUCCUGCACAACAAUGACACCUACUCCUGCGAUGCCUUCUCCGACUCGUGUGAGCUGAUUUGCACGUCGCCUGCCCUGGGUCAGUGCUACAGCGUCAACCAGAACUUCCUCGACGGCACCCCCUGCGGCAGCGGCGGGCACUGCAGCAACGGCCGCUGCGAAGGAUCGAGCGUGAAGAACUGGAUCAACGACCACAAGGACAUUGUGAUUGGGGUGUGCUGUGGUGUCGGCGGUCUGAUUGUCCUGUCAAUUCUGUGGUGUCUCAUCAACCGUUGUCGUCGGGCGCGUCCAGCUGCUAAGAUGCCACCACCACCCCCGCGUGGUCCGUACGGGCCUUGGGCUGCUAGCGCUGUACCCCCUGGCCGCCCUCCCAUGGCUCAAUGGCCGCGAGGAUACCAAGGCCUCGCAGACCCUCCGCCGCCGUACGCAGGGCCAGGGUAUGGCAACGGCCCGCCUGGGGGAUACAUGCCCCGGUAUGCGUGA